AUGUCUAGAGUCAAGAGAAUCGCAAAAGAAUUAGAAGAGUGUCGUCAAGACAAACAAUCGGGUGUCACUCUUGAGCUCAACAACGAUGCUGACUUAACUCAUUUAACAGGAUACUUUGCCGGUCCACCAGGAACACCAUACCAAGGAGGACUAUUCCAAGUGGCUAUAGAUAUCCCCAACGAGUACCCCUUCAAGCCACCACAAAUGAAGUUCACCACCAAAAUUUAUCACCCCAACAUUUCCUCAGUCACCGGUGCUAUAUGUCUUAAUAUCUUGAAGGAUAAAUGGACACCAGUCUUGACAUUGAAGUCGACUUUGAUUUCGUUGCAACUCUUGUUGCAAUCACCAGAGCCUAAUGACCCACAGGAUGCCGAAGUUGCCAAGCAUUAUUUGAGUAAUAAGGCUGGGUUUGAGGAGACCGCUGCUUACUGGACAAAGUUGUAUGCAAAUGAUGGGAAGUCCGAAAGUGAGCUGGGAAAAGGCGGGGGUGCUGUUGAAGUGAAGGAUUCGGCGUUGUACGGGAUUGAUGAUUCGAUCGUGACUCAGUUUGAAAAUAUGGGAUUCCCUAGAGAUAAAACCAUUGAGGUCUUGAGAAGAAUGGGUAUCAAGAGUUUCAACGGGGUUAGUAAUAAGGGUGAUUUGGAGAAUAAGAUUUUGGAGGAGUUGUUGAGAGAGUGCCAAUAG